ACACACACACACGUACACACGAGACAGAGAGCGCGACUGCGCGAGCAUGGAGGCGCACGUAGAGCGUGCGCUGCGAGCGACGCUGACGGAGGCCGAGGCGCGGGCACUGGAGGGCACGGUGCAUGAGCACCACACGUUCCCUGGCCGCUCGCGCGCCGGCGCCGGCGCGGCGGCGGCGGCGGCGACGUGCACGUCGCUGGUGGCGCAGCGCGUGUCGGCGCCGGUGCGCUGCGUGUGGCCCAUCGUGCGCAGCUUCGGCAACCCGCAGCGGUACAAGCACUUCGUGCGCACCUGCGCGCUCGCCGCCGGCGACGGCGCCAGCGUCGGUAGCGUGCGCGAGGUCACCGUGGUGUCGGGCCUCCCGGCCUCCAGCAGCACCGAGCGCCUCGAGGUGCUGGAUGACGACCGCCACAUCCUCAGCUUCCGCGUCGUCGGCGGCGACCACCGCCUCCGCAACUACCGCUCCGUCACCUCCGUCACCGAGUUCCAGCGCCAGCAUCCCGCCGGCGGCCCGCCGUACUGCGUCGUCGUCGAGUCCUACGUCGUGGACGUGCCCGAGGGCAACACCGAGGAGGACACCCGGAUGUUCACCGACACCGUCGUCAGGCUCAACCUCCAGAGGCUCGCCGCCGUCGCCGAGGAGUCCGCCGGCGGCGGUAGGAGCUAGCUCCGAUCCUGAUCGUUCCGUUCGUGAUGGUGGGCGCCCCAGCGCCGCACGGGGCUGACUUUCCACGGUGGCGCGAGUACCAGAGCGGCGCCGUCGUUGUUGUUGCUCUCAGUCUCCUUUUUUGUUCUUUUCUUUCCUUUUUUUUUUCAGUUUUUAUCUUCCUCUUUUCUAGCCUUUCGUUCUCGUGUAUAAAAAAGGCCUUUUGUUGCGGCGCAAGAAAGCCUACUUCUGUAACGCAUAUCUUUGUCCGUUUCUCUCUCUAGCUGCCUCUUCGCAGCUGUUUAUUGAAAUCCGGAUUGCGGACUGCUACAUGCA